GUGUACAUUAAACACACGUUUUUUUAUUCACGAAUCUGUCUCACGAUCGAUUUAAUAGCAGUAAGUGUGCUAUUUAAAUAUAAGUCAAGUUAUCAACUUUAUUUCAUUGGCUAAGCCAGCCAGGCUUUGAACGAUUUUCAAAUUUUAUACCACUUUCUCAAAGUGCUAUCGGAGAGAAGUAGAGUAUUGAGUAAUUUUUGAAACGUUUGACGAGAACCUAGAAGUCAACAAUCAGCCAGUCGCUCAUUUUGUCGCAGUUUUUUUACAACUGUCCCUUAUAUCGAAAGGGGGAACAUGUUAGUACUGAGAGAAACUACGGAAAGAGUUUGACGAGAGCCUAGAAGUAUUGAUUUAUCGUGAAUGACCUGGAGAUUCGUAGAACACGGAAGACUUCUUAUUCGGAAUGAUUUUUACAAAAAUUGAUCAAAGAAGGAAAGAUGACUACAAAAGAGAUGAAAAAUCUUAAAGAAAGAAAGUUGAUCAUCAUCGUCAUCGUCACAGGAUUCAUUUUUUUCUCUAUUGACAUUUUUAUCAGUGGUAAAAUAUAUCACAAACUGUUCCAGCCAUGCAGAGGUUAACAGGAUUGACAAUUUUCUCAAAGACAUUACAGUAUUAAGAAGCAAAAGAAAUAUGGACAAUGAUAUUAAUGUAGAUAACAAAUUGGAUAGGUUUAGAUAUACCAAUGUCAAUACAGCUGAUGAUUUGAUUGGGUAUAUAGCUGUAGGACAGGGGUAUGAGCAUUGUAUGGAAUUAUAUUUCAUUCAUAGUAAUGAGGUGGAAAUCGAAGUUAAAAUAGAGUCGAAAACAAGUUUUGUUAAAAUGCAAGGAUUUUAUAGGUUUAAUAAUAUAACCAAGACUUUUGAAUGUAAUAUACUGAAAAUAGCUUUUUGGACAUUAUUUGUAAAAGGUAAUGAUUCAACAAUUUGGUCUGGAGAUGUCAUUAAUAAUGAUAUGUCAAGGUCUGGAAAAAUAUUUUAUCCAGUAGAACAGGAUUAUUACCUUUUUCAAAGUUUUGUACAAAUAUUAAAUCCAAAACAUUUAAAAAUAAUUGGAGAUAAAAAGGGAGACAUUGUAAGAAAAUGGGAUUUUAGAGUGAUAAGGAAGUUUGCUCAAUUACGAGUCAAAAUUAGCAUUACUGUGGUAGAUAUUAUUGUUCCAGAGAUAAAAGUGUCACCACAGUCUUUAAAAGUCAUUGAAGGUGAAGAUGGAUUGAAUUUGAGGUGUAGUACUCAAAUUUAUUUACCUCAAAGUUCAUUGUUAACUUGGAGAAGGAAUGGUGAUUUUUUGGGUAGUUUUUUCCACAGUACAACUAAUAUAAUUCACAAAGGAAUUUUUGGUAAUGUGAAUUGGAUCAAUGAUAAAUUUAUUUAUCAUCAAUCAGGUGUAUCUUUAAAUGAUACUGGUAUAUAUGAGUGCUGCAUAUUAAUAGAAGGCUAUCCCUUGAAAUGUGCUAAUGCAAGUAUAAUUGUCAUGUCCCCAGGGAAAACUCCAUGUGUUGGUAAAAACAGUGUUUUUGCUAAUCCCUUCCAGAUUAACCAUUUACAAUCCAGAGCUCUAUUGAGAGAAGGAACAUUCGUCAUUAUAUUGUGGAACUUUAAUAUUUCAGAAUGGAAAAUUUCUACAAGGUUUCCACAAUGUCAAAGACAUUUGGUUAAUAUGGAAUUGGGUAUUGAAAGAUGGUUUGGAAUCAAUAGUCAUAACAGAAAUAGACGUGGUAUUGUCGAAGGAGCCCUAGGGGGCAUAGGUGUAAUUGACAGCAUUGCAAAUAGUAUGGAUAUUAACACGUUAAAAUCUGAUCUUGAGUCAGCAGGUUUAGUGGGAAGUAAAGGUUUUAAGAUCCAAAGAAACUUAAAUCAGAUAUUAGAAGAUAUGGUUAUUAAAACAGCCAAUGUAAUGGGUCCAUCCAUACUACAUCUUCAGAAUAUUACUCUCAAUUUAAUGACUAGUGAAGAACAUUCACAUAUUGCCAGAUUAUGUUUAGAAAUGCAGAGAUAUCGUUUAAACAUGAGCAAGGGAAUUUGCAAGAGGUAGUUCAUCAAUGGUCCACUUUAACUGGUUCCAGCUGGUGGCAUCAAUUUAAAAAUAGUAUAUCUAUUUGGGGAAAAACUUCAAUUACUUCCGCAGCAGGAAAUAUUUUAUCACAUCCUAUAGUUAUUAUUUUUAUUAUUAUUAUGUUAUGCAUUAUAUAUCAAUUAUUUUUAAUGUUUAGAAUGAAAAAACUGUAUAAGCAAAUCAGAAAUGAAAUCAAGAAAGGUGACGAUAUGUUGCAAAAUAAGCUUAAAAGGAGAUUAGGUUUUGGAGUUGCAAAUUCGAUGACAGGUGACAAUGCAUUUGGAGUUAUUAGAUCAAAGUCAGAGUGUUUGUGACAUAAAUGGGUGUAUAAAUGAUUAGGAAAUAUGGUCAUUAUUCAUAUUUCAGAGGGGAAUGUUAUAUUCUAAAAUCCCUUCCGGAAGGAUUUUAUAAAGAAUAUAUAUAUUCUUGUUAAUAUGAAUGAAUGUGAGACUGUUUGAGCUAUUAAUUUUCUUGUGUAAAUUCGCUGGAUUCGAUAUUUGAAACUCCAAAAACGUAUAAGUUUGAAUAUGAAAUAUAUAUAUAUGUUCAUUUGAAAUGUUUAAUGUUUUAAGUAAAGAAUUGUAUUUGAUUGGAA